UUACUCUCAGAAGGUGACACCAGCCAGGGUGGCGUAAAACGGAUCAGACCGGGGGAAGCAGCGCUGCUGUUCUGAACUUGACACUGAUUUUAUGAUUUUAAAGCGACAUUCAAGUCAGUUUUAGAAGCAUUCUUAAGAUUUUUUUUUUUUUUUUAAUCCCACGGACGCGUAACUCAUCAUGACAAAGAAAACUCUCUGGACCACGGCGACGCUUUUCUUCUGUUUCUGUUUUUCAUCUUUUAAAGCAGAAAGCCCAUCUUGUCACGGCGCCUACGACCUUUACUUUGUUUUAGACCAAUCUGGAAGUAUUUCGACCAACUGGGGUCAGAUCAGUGACUUUGUCAAAAGUCUUACAGAGAAAUUUCUGAGUCCAAAUAUGCGAGUGUCCUUCAUAGUGUUUUCAUCAAGAGCAGAGAUUGUGUUACCGCUCACUGGAGACAGGGGAAAAAUUAAUGUUGGCCUGAGGAUUUUAAAUGAGGUCCGAACAGCAGGAGAAACCUACAUGCAUGAAGGAUUAAAACUGGCAUCUCAACAAAUUAAAGAACAGCUUAAAAAUUCCUCUAGUAUCAUUGUGGUGUUGACUGAUGGAAAGCUUGAGAGAUAUAUCCAUCAACUCAGUAAGGAUGAGGCCAGUACUGCAAGGAAGUAUGGGGCUCGUGUGUACUGUGUUGGCGUAAAGGACUUUGAUGAAGAACAGCUCGCUGAAGUAGCUGGUACCAAGGAGCAUGUGUUUCCAGUCAGAGGUGGAUUUGAAGCUCUCAAAGGCAUCAUUAACUCGAUCCUCAAGCAAUCAUGCACAGAGAGCCUAUCCGACGUCAAUGUGAACCAAGGAGCAUCUACCCUACUCAUCCAAUUACAGAAUGCGAAGCAAACAAUCGAAAUUCAAAAACAGAAGAUUGUUCACCUGGAGGAUAAGGUGAACAUUCUGACGGAUGAGAGAAAUUAUCUCAGAGAAAGACUUAAAGAUGCUCUUAUUCUGAAGAGUACCUCAGAAAGGAUACCUUCAUAGACUGCAUCUACAAAGAUGAGCAGUGCUUCUGAAUCUUCAGAUUCUGAGCCAAAAUAAGGAGAAACACGGAGGGAAGAGAAACAAGAAGAAAUCAAAGAAAUUGUUGUGUCUAUUCCACCUUAUUCCCACGAGGCUAGUGUGUGUUGAAUUAUGGGAGGCACUUCCGAUUUGGGAUCUUCCAUUUAAAAUGACUGAAACGAAUCAUUUCAAAUCAUAAGGUUGCCAUACGAAUAAAGCUUCUGUCAGUUUGACUGAAUGAUCUGUCAAUUUUCCUUCAUGUUGUAUUUUCAGACAUUGUGAGACUAACGUAAUGCUUGUUAUUUUAACCUGACGUUAUAACAAGAAUAUCUAUGGCAAGAGCUCUUUUCAGUCGAGGCAUUUGUUUCCUCAUGAUUAUUUUCUUUUUUCCCUUUGCAUUCUGCUGUAAUAGUAUGAAAAAGGACACUUACUGCACAUUUGUGGUCUGUUCUCCUGAUUUAAUUUACAAUAUAUCCCAUUAAUAAUUCACUGUAAUGCACGAAGAAUCUCAAGUUUUUCUCCUCAA